AUGUCUUCUAGUGGUGGCUGCGGUGAGGCUUCUGAAAAUGUCACGGAAGCUGAAGAAGAAAUGAGAAGGCAAAUGGAGCAGAAACGUGAAAUGGACAGCCCUUUGGGUCCCCUUGAUCCGUCCAGGAUUACCCAUAUGGUUGUUGAUCAAGUCGGUCUUGCAGGUCCAUCUGUGCGCCCGGAUAAUAAAGCUUUCAUGGUCCCGGGGCCGCCCUGUCAGCAAUGGCCUCAUGCUUCACCAGUUUAUAGUCCAUCAGUGAUGUCGUCCCCAUCUAGAGAGUUCGGAACCGGUUAA